UGGGGGGAUAUGCAGUUGACACAAACGCUACAGACGCAAAGAAACAAGGAUGUGACGCAUAUUUUGCACAAUGAAUUGAGUGUCUUAUGACUUAGUUAAUUUAGAAAAUGAAUGCAUCUGAGUAAUCUCUGGAUCAUAUCAAUGCUUUAGCUGUUUUGGGUGGAUUCAAGCAUUACAGAUAAUCAUUAAUGACGAUUGCGUGGGCUGCUUAUAUUGCUAGAUCCACGCAAUGUCUGUGUUUUUUAGACUUUAUAUUCUCUAUUAGGAUCAUAUUCUCCAACGUGCCUAAGCGCUGAGUGUGUUUUAGCCUUGAAUUUGGCAGUUUAAUAUUGUACCUAAAUGGAAUUUAGUAAAGCAAGAAUUCCCGAAUUAGUUGAUGAAUUUUCUAUCGAUCUAAUGCAAGACUUAUUUAUCUCUGACAAAGUCCUCUGCAAACCGUCCUCUGCAUUCACAAGAGACGCAACUAUAGCCAUAAAAGCUGUUAUUUUGCCCCAAAACGCCUCUCUGAUACAGUAACCUGAAGGAGACUGCAAUUUAAUUUAGAAAAUAUGUUUUUAGGGUGAAUGAAUUAAAUAUUUCGAUUUAUGCAGGUUUAAGGGCUUCAGCCUUUUUUUAAUCUACAGGGGCCAUAGAAGGUAGCUGAAGGGCGGGUAGUUAAUUACUGGGGGAGAAUAACCUGACUGGUGUUACUGGGAAUGUGGAGCACGUUUCCUUAUCCGGGGAUGGUGAAAGCGUUCCCAUUGGCUCUGGGUGUCACAUGCAAAACCCAACUUUGUUCACUUGACAGUAAGUAGGAGGGUUUUACCAAACAGGAAAACGACUAGGACUCCAGGAAUAAAUUGUACAUGGGUUUGGGUGCAAUUCAAACAAAUAAAUGAGUAUGAGCUCGUUUCUGAUUAGUUCCAAUUAUGUGGACCCCAAGUUUCCACCGUGUGAGGAGUACUCUCAGACUGAUUAUCUGCCCAGCCACUCUCCGGAAUAUUUCAGCAGCCAGAAGAGGGAAAGCAGCUUCCAGCAAUUGGUGACCUACCCCCGAUCAGCCUGCUCCAGCCAACCCUACCCUCCCUGCCCCGGCUCCGGGCUCCAGCCUUCUUUAUUAUCCCCUCGGACUCACCCCCCAGCUGGACUGAUCCCUGAAGACAAGCACCACUGCCAGUCCAGCAGCCCCAAUUCGCCUCCAUCCUGUAGCCAAAUGUCUUUGGACAGCAAGCAGCCCACAGCCUCUGGAUGCCAGGACCCGGUGGUGUACCCAUGGAUGAAGAAGGUGCACAUCUCCAGUGCCAAUUCUACUUAUUCUGGAGGAGAAGCCAAGCGCUCCAGGACAGCAUACACCAGACAGCAAGUGCUGGAACUGGAGAAGGAGUUUCAUUAUAACCGCUACCUGACCCGCAGACGAAGGGUAGAGAUUGCGCAUACAUUGCGUCUCUCUGAGCGUCAGAUCAAAAUCUGGUUCCAGAACAGGAGGAUGAAAUGGAAAAAGGACCACAAGCUCCCAAACACCAAAAUCAGAUCAAACCCCUCUUCAAGCCUCUCAGUGGCUGGAGUGUCCCCCAACAAGACCAAAGGGACCCCCGUGUGACCAUGAAGCCCCUCAACACAAUACCCAGGACUUAUUUUAAAAAAACUGUAUAUAUAUAUAUAAACUAUUUUUUAUUUAUAUAAAGGGGGAUGCUCUGUUAGGAGAAGCAGGCUUGGCUUUGUUCCUCGCCUCAUUUCGGGAGAAGCCUAUAGAUAGAUUUCAGAUUUGGAGAAGAUAGAUCUAUGUUUCAUCUUUAAUCACGCCAAACUCUGGCCCAUUUGUCAUGUUUACACUGCGGUACAAAGGAUGAACCUCGUCUGACAAAACCGACGCUCACUUUAAUAAAUGAGGCUCCCUUGUUUUACUGGGACUGUUUUUUUUCCUACUCCUUUGUGCCUCGGUAGAAUGUUCUGUGGCGGUUCUGACAUCCAUGAACGUAACAUGAUAUAUGUAGAGAGCUAGCUCUUGUGGGAAGGGUCUUACCACUGUUAGUACUAAUAAUAGUUAGCUAGUUUAUCGGAGACCUGGGACCUGGUACUAGUCUAUGAUCACGAACUGCCGUCACCAUUGGGUAUCCAGAGUCAGGCCUAGUUCUGAUUGUGACCCAUAGCAUUGAAGCCUUGACGUGCUGUGUUUUUUUCAUUCCAUGAUAUAAAUCUAACCUAGCAAAAAAAGAAAGUCACAUUCAAGGGGCCUGACAGACAAAGGACAUGGAUUAGUAACAUCAAACAUUAUUACAUAGCUGGCAGCUCUCCCUUUAACUUCUUUGCACAAGUCCAAUUUGAAGCUGCCCUUGAUUGCUGUAAAUAUUGAUAAAAUAAUAAAUAUUUUUGUUCUCAC